AUGGUUCUCUAUCAAGAAUUUUGUCUAAUAUGGUCUUCGCUCGAACUUUUUAUGGCUAUUUCACAUAUUUUCGUCUUCUUAGAUGCAUUCACUCAUUUGAUUAAUUUACUACUCUACUCAUCAAAAACUAUUAGUAUACCACUUCGUAUCAUAUGGUUUUAUGCACUUCUUGUUCAUUUAUAUUAUUAUAGAAAUUUGAAAACUAAUCCCCCUCCGCGUCGUAAUCCAAAUGGGCAAAAAGUACAAGAAGAUAAUGCACAUAAAAUUUCACGUAUAUUUCAUUGGUCUUGUAUCGAGUACGAACCAAACCGAUUUAGCAUAUUUGAAUCUGGUAAAGAGAUGUUUGAGACAACAGUUGAUGUCAUAGCUCAUAGCAUGGGCUUUUUUCUUACUUUUCGUAUGAUUGAAUCAAGUUGGUAUAAAAUAGGAGCCUUAACACUUAUGUUUGGUGUACUUUAUCAACGUAUGAUUGGUUUGAAAUUUUUUUUUACUGAACCCAAAAUGAUGCCAUCACCAUUACAAAGAUUAUUUGCCACUAUGCCUGCCAGACCCAUAGCAGAUUAA